UCUUCAAUAUUUGCUCACCUUCUCUCUCUCUCUCUCUCUCUCUCUCUCUCUCUCUCUCUCCACCCCAGUCCCCACGCACAUAUCCAUCCACCCCAGGCUUCAAUGGCCAUGGCAACCAGUUAUAGCUCCAUGGCUAACCUUCCAUUUAUCUCCAAAACUCCCUUUCCCAAUAAACAAGUCUCUAAUUGGAUGCCUACUACAAUCAGCAAUGGCGAUGGCACUGGUGGUAUGUUCAGCAUGGCAAGAAGAAAUUCAAGAAUCGGGUUCCAAGUUCAUGCUGUCACUGGAGACCAGGGCUCUCGCAAUGUGUCUGAUGUAAAGUUCCCAAGUGAUUAUCCAGAACUUCUGAUGCAGGCUAAAGAAGCUGCUGAAUCAGCUCUUAAGGAUGGAAAGCAGCUACUGGAAAUCGAGUUCCCUACAGCUGGACUACAAAGUGUGCCAGGUGAUGGCGAAGGAGGAAAUGAGAUGACUGGAAGCAUGCUUCUCAUUAGAGAAUUUUGUGAUCGCUUUGUACCUGCAGAGAAAGCUACUAGAACCAGAGUAUUCUUUCCUGAGGCAAAUGAGGUUACUUUUGCAAGAGAAUCAGCCUUUGAAGGAUGUUCACUGAAGCUAGAUUAUCUAACAAAACCAUCCUUAUUUGAAGAUUUUGGUUUUACAACAAAAGUGAAAAUGGCAGACCGUGUCAAACCAGAAGAUGAGUCAUUCCUUGUGGCUUAUCCUUACUUCAAUGUCAAUGAAAUGCUUGUGGUUGAAGAGCUUUACAAGGAAGCAGUUGUUGGGACCAACCGGAAAUUGAUAAUAUUCAAUGGAGAACUAGACCGAAUAAGAAGUGGAUACUACCCGUCAUUCUUCUACCCGAAACUUGCAGAGCUUUCCAAAACAUUUCUCCCGAAACUGGACACAGUUUACUAUAUUCACAAUUUCAAGGGAGUCAAAGGGGGAACGCUUUUCAGGUGCUACCCUGGACCUUGGAAGGUCCUGAGGAAAGCAACGUCUGGCAGCUACAUCUGCUUGCAUCAACAAGAGGAAAUGCCUUCGUUGAAGGAAGUGGCCCUCGACAUCCUUCCUUCUGUAUAGCUAGGAUCUGUCACAGAGUUACGUGUCAACAAUAAUGUUUACAAAAAGAAGUCGUGCACCUAUCUGGACAAUGCUUCCUGGCUGCUUUUUCUUUGGUUCGAUAUAGGAAGGUAGAAAAGAUACCAAAACGCUCAAAUCUACAUUUUUCAAGGGCUUUGGUUUAGACUUCUGCUGUUCUGCACUAAGAGAGUGGAACGUGAUUACUUCUAAGCUGAACAUUGCCGCUAUCGAAUGAUGCCCAUUGAGCAUUGUGUUUUAUCUAGGGAGAUCGAGAACUACUGAACACAUCAUGUUUUCAUUUGUGUUUGCGACUUUGCAUGAACGGAUAUGAUGAAUUUAUUGUGCCAUCGGCCAAA